GCCUCCGGCAGAGGCGGAAGUGGAGUCUCCCGGGUCGUCUCUUCUACACCCGCCGCUCGGCCCAUGGCCGCCUAUCCCUACCGCCACGGCCCUGGCGCCGGCGCCGCCCCUGCUCCGGGCUCGGCGUUGCCGGAUCAGAGCUUCCUGUGGAACGUCUUCCAGAGGGUGGACAAAGACCGGAGCGGGGUCAUCUCAGACAACGAGCUGCAGCAGGCGCUGUCCAACGGCACGUGGACCCCAUUUAACCCAGUGACUGUCCGUUCAAUCAUAUCCAUGUUCGACCGAGAGAACAAGGCCGGCGUGAACUUCAGCGAGUUCACCGGCGUCUGGAAGUACAUCACGGACUGGCAGAACGUCUUCCGCACCUAUGACCGGGACAACUCUGGGAUGAUUGACAAGAACGAGCUCAAGCAGGCGCUCUCAGGUUUUGGAUACCGGCUUUCGGACCAGUUUCACGAUAUUCUCAUUCGGAAGUUUGACAGACAGGGGCGGGGGCAGAUUGCUUUUGAUGACUUCAUCCAGGGCUGCAUCGUCUUGCAGAGACUGACAGACAUAUUCCGGCGUUACGACACAGACCAGGAUGGCUGGAUCCAGGUGUCCUACGAGCAGUACCUGUCCAUGGUCUUCAGCAUCGUAUGACCUCGGCCUCCUCGCGGAGCAG